CUUUCUUGCAGAAGUCCUGUGUUUGUCGGAGUACAAUAACAGCUUUCCGAACAUGAAAAGCAAUUAUAGUUGCCCGUGCACAUCGUUGUAGAACACCUCGUCAAUAUGCUGCCUCUGUCUCCGCGCCGAGUGUUUGCCUUUGUGCUGCUGGUCAGCGUCUUCUGCUUCACGACGGAUGCUGCCUCGCUAGACGAUACGACACUAGAGGGAUUGAGCCAGAUUCCGACAUGCGCCCUACAAUGUAUCACUGAAAACCUGCCUGCCAUCGGUUGCACGCUCCUCGACGUAGAGUGCCAAUGUAGUUCCAAGAACUCGACCAAAAUCUUGCAACCGUGCCUGCAGAAGCAGUGCAGUUACGAUGAGACCUUCGCUACGCUCCGCGCCCAAGCCUCUAUUUGCGACAGGCCGCACGAUGACUUAUCCAACUCCAUUCGGAUCGUGGCAUACGUGACGGGAAUCAUACCAAUCAUCGUGAUUGUAAUGCGCUUUGCUUCUCGAUAUGUAGGCGGCAACAAGCUCUGGUGGGACGAUUGGCUCCAUCUCGCAGCAGUCAUCUUGGUCAUCCCUAUGACUGUUGCCCUGCUAUUAAACCUCAAAGCUGGACUCGGCCAUCAUAUAUGGGACCUGACAUAUCCACGUGUCGUGGCAAUCGGAAAAUGGACCUAUAUUGCUACCAUCCUGUGGGGUGUCGAAUUGCUUCUUAUAAAGUACAGCAUCCUUUGCUUGUAUAUUCGCAUUUUCCCGAACGUCUGGUUGAAGCGCGCGGUCUUCGCCUUCAUGGCCUUUACGGCUCUGUUCACCCUGCCCCUACUUUUCCUGGCUGCGUUCCAAUGCAUUCCAGUUCGCGCUAUCUGGGACCUUCAAGAGCAAGGAACUGCAAAAUGCAUCGACUAUAUUGCCGUCUUGAGACUGACGGUUGUAUACGAGAUCAUCGCCGAGACUAUCCUUUUCAGUCUUCCCAUCCCGAUUGUAUGGAAGCUGCAGAUGAAGACUACAAAGAAAAUCCAGCUACUCAUCUUCUUUAGCCUUGGUAUCUGUGUUAUUAUCAUGUCCAUCGUACGCCUGCCAUUUUUACCAGGGGUUGUCGACACUACCGACCCAACCUACACAGUGACUGGCACGUCGAUUACCGGAUUCACUUCCAGUGGAGUUGCGCAUAUAUGCGCUGCCGUCCCCACCAUCAGAAACCUGAUACGAUACUGCCAGAACGGGUUUAAGAUGCCCACGAAUGUUCCUUCAGGCUACACCUCGGACCCCAGCACCUACAACUCCACGAGCAAACGAAGCUACAAGUCAUUGCAGGACAAAAAUCUUGGCUCUGGUACAGCACAACAGCGAGGCAAAGCCUUGUCCCGCGAUACAAAGGAUCCAUAUCGCCUAUCCGCAAUCGUGGACGCCGAGAAUGAUGGCACAGUCGUGGAGCUACGUGCGAUAGACUCCCCAACUCACGCGAAUAGGUUGAAUGAUGAGGAACAGGAUGUACAAGAAGGGAAGAGUCGAUGGACUCAGCGCGUGGAAGAACAGCUUCCUACUAUUGUUCGCGAAUCGCCCUCGCCGGGGUUGGACGACUCAGCGUCUCAAAAGUCCAUACUUCGUCAACACCCCUAUUCAUAAAAGCAAAAGACGAAAGAUCAAUGACAGAUAUGCCGCCCAAGAAAGUUAUUUCGCCAUUACCUGUACCUACUCUGGAGUUGCAACAACAGGGGCUGCUUUAGUGAUGCAUGCAGAAUGCUUGGACAUGGCCGCACUACUUCCUUUUGCUUUUUGAAGCUUACAACAACAGAUGCAGAGGGACAAUAUCUUUGAGUUCACCCAUUCAUGUAGCGCAGACUAGUGGACGC